AUGCCUCGGACACCGCCGCUCCAGCACUUGGGCGCUCCGCCGAGCACCAUGGCCCGGAUUACGUACCUCCGCGCGGCUGUCUCUGGAUUCUACCUGUGGGAAGCCGCGGUACUGCUCAGCUUGGUAGCCACAAAGGAAACAGACAGUGCAAGAUCUCGUAGCAUGCCAAUGUCACCUUCGGAUUUCCUGGACAAGCUAAUGGGUAGGAUGUCAGGCUACGAUGCAAGGAUCAGACCAAAUUUCAAAGGCCCUCCAGUUAAUGUCACAUGCAACAUAUUUAUAAACAGCUUUGGAUCCAUUGCAGAGACAACCAUGGAUUACCGAGUGAACAUCUUUCUCCGUCAGAAUUGGAAUGAUCCACGCCUCGCAUACAGUGAAUAUCCAGAUGACUCUUUAGACUUAGAUCCAUCCAUGCUAGAUUCAAUUUGGAAACCUGAUUUGUUCUUUGCUAAUGAAAAAGGUGCCAACUUUCAUGAAGUUACAACAGAUAAUAAGUUGUUGCGAAUUUUUAAAAAUGGCAAUGUACUGUAUUCCAUCAGAUUGACUUUAAUACUAUCCUGUCCGAUGGACCUCAAAAAUUUUCCAAUGGAUGUGCAAACAUGCAUAAUGCAGCUGGAAAGCUUUGGAUAUACAAUGAAUGAUCUAAUUUUUGAAUGGCAAGAAAAGGGAGCAGUUCAAGUAGCAGAAGGUCUCACUCUGCCACAGUUUCUAUUGAAAGAAGAAAAGGAUUUGUGUUACUGCACCAAGCAUUAUAAUACAGGAAAGUUUACAUGUAUUGAAGUCCGAUUUCACCUUGAGAGGCAGAUGGGUUACUAUCUUAUCCAGAUGUACAUACCAAGUCUCUUGAUUGUCAUUCUCUCCUGGGUGUCAUUUUGGAUCAACAUGGAUGCAGCUCCAGCCAGAGUGGCUUUAGGCAUAACAACUGUACUGACCAUGACAACACAAAGCUCAGGUUCACGAGCAUCUCUUCCAAAGGUGUCAUAUGUCAAAGCAAUUGACAUCUGGAUGGCUGUGUGUCUGCUCUUUGUAUUUUCUGCACUUCUGGAGUACGCAGCUGUAAACUUUGUGUCAAGGCAGCAUAAAGAACUUCUGCGAUUCCGUCGCAAGAGGAAGAAGAGUAAGUAUUUUGAGGGAGUUCUUGAUGGAAAUGAAAUCAGUGAAUCAUUGCAGCAUAGCAAUGGCUUGAGAUGUACAGGACCUAUAGACGGGACUUUGCCUCAAAUCUACAGUACAAAUUUAAGGGAUGAUGACGUAAGGGAAAGUCAGUUUAGCUUUACAGCAUAUGGAGUGAGCCCAUGUCUGCAAGCAAAAGAUGGAGUGACACAAAAGGGGCCAAAUAAUCCUGUUCAACCUACACCGAAAAGCCCAGAUGAGAUGAGAAAGGUAUUCAUUGACCGGGCCAAGAAGAUAGACACAAUAUCAAGAGCUUGUUUCCCAUUAGCCUUUCUGAUUUUCAAUAUUUUUUAUUGGGUAAUUUACAAAAUCAUCAGGCAUGAGGACAUUCACCAAUAA